AAGAGGAGGAGAGAGAAGAGACGAAGAGGACUGAUGCUGGUUCUCAGCAGAUGCUGCAGCUCUCUGGAGAAGAAACACCUUUCGUUAGUGAAGUAUAACUGAAGAUCCAUCGUCUGGAAGAUCAUCCAGCUUCACGGAGUUUUGUUGAGAUGGCUAUAAUGGGAAUAUCUUGAGAAACUCCACGAUGGAUAACAGCAGCUCAACAUCUCCUGACAGAAACUCCAGCGACGGUCAGACGCUGACCACGAUGCCGGAGAACUCGCUGGAGGUUCAGGCGGUCACCAUCUCUCUGUCGCUGCUCAUCUGCGGCGUGGGAAUCGCUGGGAACGUCAUGGUGGUUCUGGUGGUGAUCCGUAGCAAACACAUGAUGACCGCGACCAACUGUUACCUGGUAAGUUUAGCCAUGGCUGAUCUGACCGUGCUUUUGGCCGCCGGUUUACCAAACAUCUCUGAGGUUGUGGCUUCGUGGAUCUAUGGUUAUGCCGGCUGUGUUUGCAUCACGUACCUGCAGUAUCUGGGAAUCAAUGUCUCCUCCUGCUCCAUCACGGCCUUCACCAUCGAGCGCUACAUCGCCAUCUGCCACUCCAUCAAAGCCCAGUUCAUCUGCACCGCAUCGAGAGCCAAGAAGAUCAUCGCCUGCGUCUGGAUCUUCACAUCUCUGUACUGCAUCAUGUGGUUCUUCCUGGUGGACACCAAUGAGACGGUUUAUUCUAACGGCGUCGUGGUUCGCUGCGGCUACCGGGUGUCCAGGAACCUCUAUAUGCCCAUCUACUUCCUGGACUUCACCCUGUUUUAUGUGGUUCCUCUCGUCGUGGCUUUGGUUCUUUACGGUCUGAUCGCCAGGAUCUUGUUUCAAGACCCGCUGCCAACGAAUCUGUCCGAGCAGAAGCUCUCCGUCCAUCAGAGCCGACGACAGAGCUCUGUCAAAGUUUCCUGCAGAGCAAACGCAGCGUCUUCCAGAAAACAGGUCACAAAGAUGCUGGCGGUGGUGGUGGUUCUGUUCGCUCUCCUCUGGAUGCCGUAUCGGACUCUAGUGGUUGUGAAUUCCUUCAUGGAUCCGCCGUAUCUCAACACCUGGUUCCUGCUCUUCUGUCGCAUGUGCAUUUACACCAACAGUGCCGUCAACCCCAUCAUCUACAACGCCAUGUCGCAGAAGUUUCGAGCUGCUUUUAAGAGGCUCUGCGUCUGUAAACGCAGGUCAGAUCAGAGCCGAGUGAGCAAAAGCACUGAUUUCAUUCCUGACAGUCACCAGGUAAAAAUAGCUGUUUCAUCAUUCCCAGUGGGAACACAAGCACACGUGGGUCUCUAUAUCCACGCAUCUGAUCAAACACAUCCACAGUUCACAUUUCCCUGAACUGAAGCUACAUCAGAAGCUACAUCAUCUCCCGUUCUGUUUUUAGUUAUUUUUGUUUGCUUGAUUUGAGCUAUUUUAGUUCAUGCUUUCAUUUUUUCACUCUGUUUUGCAUUCUGUCAUGCUCUUCAUGUCAGGUAUGGGUUAUUCAUAAAUAGCACUCUUAUGUUCCCAGAAUUCACUUUUCACUUUUUACUUGCACUAAAUAUUUUAAAGGUUGCAGCACUCAAACUUAAGCCUGGUAAACAGACAAACUACUGUUUUUCUGC